AAAUUGACAAGUAUGACAAGUACACCGACUAACACUACUUUACAGUGUUUACAUACGAUUGUAUAGUAGAAUCAUGGCGGCCGCUGAACUGGCUCGACACCGUUUUGGAUCCGUCCUGCGAUUUUCCGACCGAGAAUUUGUGCGCUGAUGUAAAAUGGGACACUAACGAGUGCUUGAAAGAAUUCAAAGCUGCAUCAUUUUCUGUCUGCUAAACUGGAUAGACAUAACCUCCUCGAUUGUUGUUGCAUCAGCAACCCAACGGAAUGAGUUGCUCUGGUGAAUCUAGCAGUGAAGGAGGUGGAGAUGAAGACCAAGAAAAUUCUUCUUUGCAAGAUUCUGAGUAUUCAGAUCCACUGAAAUCUUUUAGAGAGCAAUGGCAAAGAGAACUAGAAAUCUCUCCCAAACAUACCAAUCGCUCUCUAAUAAGUGCUCAAGAAAAUGAUGGUAGAGCAGACACGCAAGCUCAAGAAUUGGAGGAUCAGAGCAUAGAAACGAAAGCAGAAAACUUUUUUUUGCAAGGCGUGAAAAAUGAACAGUCAGGAAAACUCUACGAAGCCAUACAAUUCUACAAGAAAGCUGUCCAACUUGUACCAGAUAUAGAAUUUCGUUUCUAUGAGUCAACGAAAUCAAACUUUUUUGAAAAAAUUGAUCAGGAAGAUGUUGAAGUCAGUUACGAGGAUAGAGUUGUUGAAUCUAAAGAUACAGAUCAAGAUGACGAUCAAGACAUUGAUGAUAUAUUAAUGAAAUUAUCGAGAAUUGUUCAGAAAAAUGGUUACGUUUGCUGUCCAAUGUAUCAGCAGAGUGAUACUCACAUUUCAUCUCUUCCCAUGGAAAUUGUUAUAUACAUUUUAAGAUGGGUGGUAUCGUCGGAGUUAGAUAUUAGAAGUUUAGAGAUGAUUUCACGGGUCUGCCGGGGAUUGUAUGUCUGCACUCGUGACACAGAAAUAUGGAGAGCAGCCUGUGCUCGUGUCUGGGGUGUCAACUGUGGUAGAUAUGAACCAGAAUACACAUCGUGGCGUGAUAUGUACUUGCAACGACCAAGAUUGCGUUUCAACGGCUGUUAUAUUAGCAAGACAACCUACAUUAGACCUGGAGAGAAUAGCUUUCAAGAUCAGUUGUACAAGCCUUGGCAUCUUGUUGAAUACUUUCGAUAUUUAAGAUUUUUUCCUGAAGGCAAAGUUUUGAUGCUUACCUCAACUGAUGACGCACAGUCAUGUGUUAGUUCCUUAAAAAGUCGCAAUCCUCGUAAUACUUCUGUGCUGGUUGGACACUAUAGGCUGCAUGAUAAUUGUGUAACUCUCGUUUUAAAACGUCAGGAGACCAAAAAUAAUUCUAUGAAUUUCAUGAAUCGUAGACGCAAACGCAACGAAUUGGUGCACGAUAGUGGUGAACAAACAUUUAACAUUGAAUUUGAGAUCCAAAAAUAUCGUAAACGUGCGAAUUCUCAGUUAACUUGGUUGUGCUACGUCAUUUAUACGAAAUAUAUCAAUGGACAAGAAAUCCCGACAAACUUAAGUCUUGGAGGCAGGUAUCCGUCGUUUCGUUUUAGUCGAGUCAAAAGUUACACCCAGGAGAGUGAGUUUCCUCUGCAAUAGAUUUAUUUUCAACCUUUUAAGUAUUUUGCAAUAGUUAAAUGAUUUGUAAAUAUAGUAAAAUCAACUGUAAAUAUGCAUAUACGAAUAAUUUCGAAAAAACAUUUUCUCUGUUAACUCUAGAUCUUUAAAAAAUGCACUUUUUCGACACAUUUUACAGCUUUUUCAUAGUAUUUAACGUUGACAGAAAUUUUGGAAUUUUAGUUUUUACCAAUGUAUUAAUUUCUACAUAAAAUGUAGACGUAGCAAAAUAUUUACGAGAGCGAAUUGUUGUGUAUAUCUUGUUUGUUAUCAAAUAAUUAAUUCCACGUCAAAGCCGUAAGAAUUCGAUUUCAAAGAUUUUUGUCGUUACAC